AUGCGACAAGCAGGCGCAUUUCCGAAUGACGACGACUCCCAUGUGCAGCGCCCUUUUGAGCUGAGUUCCCUCAGACGAAGCCUUGAAGCCUAUCUUGUUUCCAGCAGCAGUGAUGGCCCUGACGGCAGAGUCGCAGCAGCGGACUGUCUCUGUGCCUAUCUCCCGCUGCUGAGUGCUGCUGUGUUGCAGCAGCUGCCUGCCGCUGAUCUGCUGUUACUCCUGCAUGUAUUCGGUCGCCUGCUCACCGAGUUUCCCAGUGCGGCAAAAACAGCACCAGCAGCCGAGCGAAGAAGAGGGCUUUGCCUGCUCCUGGGUCGAGGGGCCCUAAUCAUAACGAAACGCCCCCUAGAUUUCCUACUGCCAUCGCAGUUACCCAGAAUCCUGGGAGUUGCUGCGACCCUUCCUCCUUCGGCGCUUCCUGAGGAGUUCUGGCGAUGUCUUGUUAGGCGAUGCGCAGAAGCCUCGCGGUCUUCAUCUCCUUCUGAAGCUGCCUGGCUGCUACUGGGCCUCUCUUGCUUGCCACCGCUCCCUGAUGGCGUCCUUGUUCUCCAGGCUGCACGCGUUGUUUGUGGGCGGCUUGCCGGGGCACCCGACACCCUGCGACACGCGGGAUCGCUUUCACACGUCUUGGAGGCCCUCCAGCGUCUAAAGCUCCUGCAUGCGCCAUUGCUAACUGAGAUAGGUGGGACGCUUGGUUCCUGUGCUUUUCCUAGGCUCCUUGAGAAAGAGGACAAGGCCCUUCUUAUCGCAAGCUUAGGCUGUUUUGCCGCGCUGAAGGCCACAGAGUUUCAGCCUCUCUUCAAGAGCCUCGCGGAUGCCCUUGUGGAGUGGGUAAUGGAUCUCACCCUCUCUGAGGCUGCAAAAAUCCUAUCUGCGCUGGGGGCCCUAAAUUGCUACCCCGAACGGCUCAUCGGAGCUCUCCUCCCGCACGUCUCUUCCUUGCUGGCGGCGCAACUUGCUCUCGCGUCGAAUGGCGAGGCGGACUCUACCGGUGCUUCUGUAGCAGCAGCGGCAGCAGCAAAGGACACAUUGAGAAUCCUGCGAUGUCUUGGACAACUGCAAAAGCGAGAUGUUGCUGUGCUGCGAGAGGUUGUGCACCUUCUCACGCUCGCAGCUGAUCAGCACCACCUGACUCUCAAGGAUUGCGCGUUUGCAUUAUACGACUGCUACCGCCUGGACCUCUGGCACCCUGGACUUACUGAAUGUCUCCUCAAACGGCUUAGGGCGGCCGAAGGCAACACUCUGUUGGACAAUCUGGGCCUGCAGUGUGCGACGAACCUGCUAUUAGCUCUUAGCUACUUCCGGCUAAAUGAACGGCCGCUCUUCGACUCUCUUCUCUCCCAGGCAAGGCAAACACUAGCACCUGUGUGCUGCCUGUUGCUCUCGCUCUUCCCCGGGGUUUCACUGCCCGUGCCGAAACUGGCUUGCAGUGCAUUUUUGACGUGGCAUUGGCUAUGCGCGUUCCUUGGUCUCUAA